AUGGCCCGCACUAGGCUUUGCAGCUGCUGGGGUGGCCGCAUGCUGCCUCUGCUGCUGGUCUAUAUCUGCUACCUGCUGCUUGGCGCCAGCAUCUUCCAGCUGCUGGAGAAAGAGGCUGAGUCGAAUUCCCGGGAACAGUUCCAGGUGGAAAAGCUGCAUUUCUUGGAGAAUUAUACCUGCCUGGACCAGCGCACUCUGGAACAGUUUGUGGAGGUCAUCCUGGAGGCCUGGGUGAAGGGGGUGAACCCCAAAGGCAACUCUACCAACCCCAGCAACUGGGACUUUGGCAGCAGUUUCUUCUUUGCGGGAACCGUUGUUACCACCAUAGGAUACGGGAACUUGGCGCCCAGCACAGAGGCAGGCCAGAUCUUCUGUGUCUUCUAUGCCCUGGUGGGCAUCCCACUCAACGUGAUCUUCCUCAACCACCUGGGCUCAGGGCUACGUGCCCACCUGGUCCCCCUCAAGAGGUGGGAGGACCAACCCAGGCGCUCUCAGCUCCUGCAGCUGCUGGGCCUGGCUUUGUUCCUGGCCUUGGGCACCCUAGCCAUUCUCAUCUUCCCACCCAUGAUCUUCAGUCACGUGGAGGGCUGGAGCCUCUGCGAGGGCUUCUACUUUGCCUUCAUCACCCUCAGCACCAUCGGCUUCGGGGACUACGUGGUUGGCACAGACCCCAGCAAGCACUACAUCUCUAUGUACCGAAGCCUGGCAGUCAUCUGGAUCAUCAUGGGCCUGGCAUGGCUGGCACUGAUCCUCCCGCUGGGUCCCCUGAUUCUGCACAGAUGUUCUCAACUGGGGAUGCUCAGCUGGAGCUUCAGCUUCAAGGAGGGAGGAGCCUCUGAAACUAAGGGGCUCCCCAGACCCCAGAAGAUUCCCAUCUCUUCAUAA